UCGCGGCGGGGCCGACGAGGGGUGGGGGGGCAAUCUCGUCAUUUCCCGCGCCCUCCUGCUUCCCCUCCCUUUAUCUCUCCCCCACCUCCCCACGUUUCGCCCCCAUUUCGAAGCCCACCGAAUUCCCUGCCUGCGAUUCCUCUCCCCUCGCCUCCUCGUCUUCCCCUAGGGGAUCGCCGGAGAGGAAUCGCAAAGAGGGCCGUCUCAUCCAAGUUAAGGAAGCCAUGGAGCACAAGGAGACUGGAUGCCAGGCACCUGAGGGACCCAUCCUUUGCAUCAAUAACUGCGGCUUCUUCGGCAGCGCAGCUACCAUGAACAUGUGCUCCAAGUGCCACAAGGAGAUGAUAAUGAAGCAGGAGCAGGCCAAGCUGGCUGCCUCCUCUAUCGACAGCAUCGUCAAUGGCAACGAUGCUGUCAUGGAACCAGUUGUUGCUGGCAACACAGUGGUCGCUGCUGCUCCAAUCGAGUUGCAAACAAUGAACGUGCAGCCCGCUGAUGUUGCUGGACCUAGCGAGGGGGCGGCGGUGAUCUCCAAAGGGAAGGUAGGGCCGAACCGGUGCAGCACUUGCAGGAAGAGGGUUGGACUUACAGGAUUCAACUGCCGGUGUGGGAACUUGUACUGUGCACUGCACCGCUACUCCGACAAGCACGACUGCAAGUUCGACUAUCGGACUGCUGCUAGGGAUGCCAUUGCCAAGGCUAAUCCAGUGGUGAAGGCGGACAAGCUCGACAAGAUCUAGGGUUUCCUACGGUUGGCUCAAGGAAGAUUGCAACCUGUGGUACUUCAUCAUGCGGAAUUGCUGCAUUGCCCAUGCCUUUCCCUUUCAUGUUUGCUGCUACAAUCUUGUUGUUCGGCAUUGCAGUGCAUGGUGCGCACUUCCGCAGCCUGCCUCAAGAAUUCUCGCCUCUGCAUCUGGUCAGUUCAAAUGAUUUGCAUGUUGGCUAUGUUGUGUAAGCUUUUAUUUAUGGUCGUCUCGCUCAGACGGUAUUUGGCUUCGCAUUUAGCUAGCUAUGUGAUGUACUAUUGUCCCUGGUGUGUUACACUGCAACCAGUAAUAGUAAUCUGCAACUGUCCGUUAAGUGGUACUGAUGACCAUUUGCAUUCUCAGUUAUUUUA